AUGGACCAGUCAACAUCAACGUCAGUUCAACCAGAAAAGCCGCAUGAUGCAACCUCCGCCGCUCCAAGUGAGGGGAAGCAACCCCAGCCGACGCCGCCGGCAAAGGUAGAACAAGCAGCGCAAAAGGAUGAGGAGGAGGUGGAGGAGGAGGAGGAUGAUGAUGAUGAUGAUGAGGAAUCGGACCUUGAUGACCUCGAUGAGGUCCUUGACGACUUCUCCAAACCAGCCAACGCCAACAAGCAAAAACAACCCGAAAAUGCCCCUCCACAGCCAACUACUGUUACCGAAAAUGAAAUCGGAAACGACGACGACUUCGACGAACAAGCCUUCAUGAAACAACUCGAACAAGACAUGGCCAACAUGAUGUCCCAGGCCCAGCAGGAAUCUGGAUCCUCCGAUAACAAGGAUUUCCAAGAUACCAUCGAACAAGGCGCCGAUGCAUUUGCGAAACAGUUGGAGGACAGUGGUGUGCCGCCGGGUGAUUUCCUUAAGCAGCUUUUGGCGGAGGUUAUGGCUGAAGAGGGUGGUGAUAAGGAUAAAAGUGGUGGUGCAGGGGUUGCUGGUAACGGUGACAGUAGCUCAAGCACAAAUACUAAAGCCAAUAAAGCCAAUGCCCAAGCUGCUGCAGCCGCAGCUGCUGCAGAAAAAACACCCGAGUCCUUUAACGAGACCAUUCAACGCACUAUGAACCGCAUGCAUGAGUCUGGCGAAAAAGCCACCGCCGCUGCCAGUGAAAACGAUGACGUCCCCGAUGAAGUCUUACUUCAGCUCCUCAAGGCCCUUGAAUCCACCGCAUCAGGAAACGAGGACGACAUCCAGAAGAUGUUCAUGGGGUUCAUGGAGAAGGUAUCGAGCAAGGACAUCCUGUACGAGCCGCUGAAGGAACUGGAGGGCAAGUUCGAGCCUUGGAUUACGGAGAAGAAGGGCAAGGGGGAGCUCAACGAUGAAGAUGUCAAGCGAUAUCAGAUGCAGACGCAGAUCGUCAAAGAUGUGGUUGCGAAGUUCGAGGAGCCGGGGUAUUCGGAUGAGGAUCCGAAAUGUAGGGAAUGGGUUUGGGAGAGGAUGCAGGAGGCAAGUUUUCUUGGAAAUCCCCCCGACGAACUCAUCCCCAAUCCUCUUGCAGAGAUGAGCGGCGCCGGCGGACAGGGAGCGAUUCCCCCGGACUGUGUUCCGCAAUAA